AUGCGAUUAGUGAGCACUAUCAAUGAAUUUCAAGGAAAUCUAGCGACUCGUUUUCUAUCAGAUCAGUGGCUCGGAGGCAUCGACUUUUCGCAAUUAACAAUGCUUGGAGGUUGUAUUCUCAAUGCAUUAUACGACUUACCAUUUUCAGAUACCACUGAACAAGAUGUUAAUUUGAUUUAUUUGUCAAAUAAUGGAGCUGAUUUUGAAAUAAUUGUGAUGAAUACAAUUAUCAAGCUGCAGGCAAUGGCAUCGAAAUGUUUUAAAGAAGAACUCAAGGUGGAAAAAACGCCAGGACGCCAUCGCUACGAUGUUGUUUUGCCUUGCGGUGUCAAGCUCAACUUUUUUUUAAUAUCUACUGGAAACUCCAAAAGCCCACUUUCUCACGUUCUGCACAACUUUGAUAUGGAUAUUAGUCAGGUAGCAUUUACAGGUGACAGAAUCAUUUCAACGUUCGCUUUCCUGCAAGCAUUGGCAACAAAGUCUUUCAUCGUCUAUAGUUUACAUGCUGAAACAUCCAAGAAUGUGUGCAAUCGGAUUGCUAAGUACUGUAAACGAGGAUUUACCUUGUUAGAGCCGAUCAACUUUGAUGGGAGUUUUGACAUGUUGAUGAAACAACUCGAUAUUCCAUUGUAUCGUAUUGAGUAUCAAGAUUUUACUGAUGAUGAUGGUGAAGUUCAAUUUAUGACCACGGAGUAUUGGCGUGGAUAUGCACGCAACAUCGACACUUUCCAACUGCAAGAAGGUUUUAUCGCUGCUGCUUGUUCAACAACUUUAGAAUAUAAACAAUAA